UCCACGGAGACAGCAACAGAGCCUUAUACCAAUCCCUCUCUCUCUCUCACACGCAGACAUACACACGCACAGACACAGGUGAGCGAUCGGGCAGGACCUGACUAAUGCAGGAACUGAAGAUGUCUAGAAAAUUACCAGGUUUCUGGGUACUCCUGCUCUUAAGCCUGACCUCAGCGUACGCGACACGGACACCGAUACGGAAACUCAACUCCAUCAGUGAGCUAAAAACCAAUGUUCCUCAAUCCAACAUUUUAGAGCUGCUUCACUGGUUCGCCAAUGAGCUUAACACUGACAAUUGCAAUGACAUCCAGUUGACCUUUAACCCAGAGUUGGAAUAUGGUUCCCAUUACUACAGCAAUUUCAACGAGCUGUUGGUCAAAUGUCCUUGGGGGUACAAAUACUACACAGUUGGAAACCUUCACAGAGACUCAUUACAACAGCUCCCUGCUUAUGUACGUAAUGCCAGGAGGAGAACCAUUGGAUGGGGCAGAGCUCGGAUCGUAUUUACAGCCAGGGGAAGCAACGGGAGGUGGACUAUACGACAAGUCUACAUCACACAGCAUGUUGGCACGUCUGUACGUGAUGGCACCGAAUACGACCCUGAACACACAUAUGAGAUCACUACCAACCUGUUACGACAGUUCAGAGCACUCUCCAUCUUACAGAUCCAACAAAGAGUCACCGCUGAAAACACUUCUGCUUUCCUACAAGUCUCCUCCAACUCUAAUCAGAACGACUAUGUAUCUCAGUAUAAUCUAAGACCAGCUGCCCAGAUAAGCAGCUUUGGAUAUACUUCUACUCAUUCACAAGGAUCCUACUACUCUCAUCAGAACUACAGACCUCAGUACAAUACAGCAUCAUCUGAUGAAGGUGUUGUCCUUUGCAUAUUGGGUAUUGCCCUGGCACUAUUUUUCAUUUUUGUCUUGAUCUUCCUUGUUAAAAGUAAAAUAUGAGCAGCCAUGUUCCCAGACACUGUGCAAGCCAGACAAUAUGGUGCUUUUAAAUAGCAAUGAUAAAAAAAACAGUUAAAACGUAAAAAUAUGAAAAUACAAUAUGUUUGAUAAAUGUACUUUUGAUUGUAAAACUGUAUUGUACUCUACUCCUCAACCUCAUCAAUCAGCGAUAUAAAAUCUAACAUUUAGAUCUAAUGCUGGGUCAAUAUGGGUGUGCCGGGCAUUGUAAUUGUUAAUAGAAAAGCAAAUUUGACAAGCUUUUAUUGUACAAGGUUAUGUAAUGUUGAAAGUGUGUGUUUUUUGUUUUUUUUAACAAUUUUUUUUUUUUUUUUUAUAGAUAGUGACUCUGGUGCUUCCCCCCUCCCAAUGUAAACUGGAUGCAAUAAAGUGAAACAAACCAGCUGCGUCAUCCUUUUUAAGUGUU